AUGGCGCCCUCGGAUACUCAGCGCCCACGGCGGGCAGGGCAGCGCAAUGUCAGCAACACCGCCGAGACCACAGCGCGGACAGGCGCGCCAUCGCCCCAGCAUCGGAAUGAUGGUCAGUUGAGUGCCGCUGCAUCGACGUUUUACCAGGAACUGAUGGCUGGAAAUACAGAGUCCUGGGUCGAAGUCACCUCGCAACCGUCGUCGUCGUCCUUAUCGUCUAUCGGAGACGAGAUCGUAACAACAGGACUCAGGGUCGGCGGGACCACGUAUCCACCAAGGCGGAGACGGCCGCAACAACAGCAUCAGAUGCCUGCUUCUUUUAUCGUCGGCCACCCCGCGACUCAGGGCGGCGCAACGAGCAGUCAAGAGGAAUACGAUGAGACGGAGAGCGAAGAGGACCGAGUUAUGACUAGCUCAACAGAAGCGAUGCACCCGUCCGCGGGUCUACCCCGUCAUCAAACCGCCGUGAGGGCAUCUGCCGUAGUGGACAUGGACUCGGACAGCGACGGUGACGAGAAUGCGACGGCCCUUGGCCGCCCGUCUAACGGCCCCGUAUUCACGCCCCAGCCAAAUGCCUUUUCACAUCCCCCUUCACACCUAGCCCACCGCCACUCCACCGGUUCAGCGGGACACCACCACCCCUCUCACUCCCGCCCCUCGAUGCACAACCGCCCACACACCCGCACUCACCGGGGCCCAUCAAACUACACGUCCCCCUCCUAUCAAGCCGACAACGACGCCGCGCUACGUGCUUCGCUAACCACCCUCCUCUCCUGCGCCGCCGCAGCCCGCGGCCUACCUAAGAACGGCGAACAGCGGGCCGCCCCCAACGCAGGAGCCGGCGUCGUACCGAGCUCCCAACCUAUGGAGCUCCGCCUAGUGCCAGAAUCAGAGCUCAUGGCCACUAACAGCCCGCCGGCUCCACAAUCAGCAACCCCCGCCAACGGUGCCGGAGCCAAGACCGCCCGGACCGCAUCCAACUCCUCCGCACCCAGCGCGCCGUCCUCCAACUCCGGCCGUGAACAACAGCAGCGCGAGUCCAAGCGCGCGCUAUCAUCCGCGACACAAGGCCGGCCCGCGCGCGCGGCCAAGAAGAAGCGCACCUCCGCCACCCUGCUCAACGGCGACGACGCCGCCGCCGACGCGGCGCCCUUCUUCAGCGUCAGCCCGACGCUCCUCACCUGGGUCGUCAGCGCCGGCGUGGUCGUGCUGGUGUCGGUCGUCGGCUUCGGCGCCGGGUACGUCAUCGGCCGCGAGGUCGGCCGGCAGGAGGGCGGCAGCAGCAUCGCCGCCGCUUCCUCUUCGUUCGCCGGCGCCGGCGCUGCGAACGCCUCGUCGGCGGCGGCCGGGUGCGGCGGCGAGCUGGUUAGGGCCGGUGCUGGUAGCGCGGGGUCGGGCACGCUGCGGCGGAUUCGUUGGGGUGGGGUGGGGAAGAGCGUUGCUGCUUGA